UUUUAUUGCUUCUCCCAACUCAGCCGAUAGCUCUUCCUUGAGAGACGAAGAUGACAGCUCCUCCAUGCCGAGUUCCAACCGCAAAGCUGCUGCCGACGACACCGGAAGACUCCGCAUCUCCUCUCCGGUCUCCGCCUCCGACCUUGCCGACGACGAAGCUACUACCCGGUCUCCGCCUCCGACCUUGCCGAAGACGAAGCUACUGCCCGGUCUCCGCCCCUGCCGACGACGAAGUUUCUGACUCUAAAUUUAGUCUCCCCUGUGAACGAAGCUUGCUAGCUGAGGAGAGAAUGAGAGUACACCACGAGAGGAGAAGUAAAAAACUGAAGUGGCUAGAUGAAAAGGGUGCUGAGGCACACAAAAUUGAUGUGACAAGAAAUCUGGUUAGGAGCCUUUCAUCAAAAAUUAAAAUUGCAAUUCAGGUUGUUGAUAAGAUCUCUAUAACGAUAAAUAAAUUGAGGGAUGAGGAGUUGUGGCCACUGAUUAAUGAAUUUAUACAAGGAAAAUAGGUUUGCUGUUGGAAGUGGAGCUAAAACUGUUUGCGAAUGCUACUAUGAGCAAGAGAAUAACUGAUAUGGCAAUGCUAAUGUUUGGAAGACUUUCACAGAUUUAUUCGACUAUUUCCCACAUACAGCUUUGGUUAGUGAUACCAAUUUAUAAAGUGUUCUUGUGCCUUUUCGGUAUCACCUCAUUCUUGUUCUUUAAACACCCAUGAGUUUGAAAGGUGAUUGGUUUUGGUCAGAACAUGAAUAUUCCUAACAUGUAUGGGUUCUUUUGAUGGAUGGUGGUGCAUUUUAAGUUUAAUUGAUGAAAUGUUUAUCUCAGGUUGCUUAUGAUGAUUUUGUUGCUACUGGAUCAUUUGCAGUUGCAAGAGAGAAAUGACUUCUAAGUUUGUUUUUCCAAGUGUUGUUUAUGUUUUCUGUAUGGUUUUUGCAUUUUGAAAUUUAUCACGGUCUAAUUUUGGUGAAGGUCUACACUUAUCAAAGUCAUUGAAGAAGAAGGUUGUGGAUGAUGCAUUGAUCAAAGCCGUUGAAGUAUUGCCGGAUUUGAAGACUUAUUUGGGUGCAGCAUACUUAAGUAGUAUUUUUUUUUAUUAUUAUAAAGAAGGGGAUACCCUAUAUAUACACUACUUGCCUCACUUAGAGGAGUAACCGGGUACUAGUGCAUACUUAAGUAGUAUCAAUUAAGUAGUAUAUAUUUUCA